CGUGGACCCGGAGUCCAACCUGCAGAAAAUCCACAAGCGAAAUUGGCUGCCAGCUUUAAUUCUGUGUCUGGAACUUCGUUUCCUUCCUAAACAGAAAGAGGCGUAAAGAAAACGAAAGCAAAUUUCGCAGGUGGAAAGAAGAGGAAGCGAACGAGAGGCAACGGUGGCCGGUCGCGGGACGGGUGGGGCCACGCCUGGCCUGACGCGGGAAGCCGGCCGGAACCAUCCAACUCCGCCGCGUCGUCGUCGCCUUCGUCUCGCGUGCUCACCAAGAGAACAAAACGCGAGCAGCCAAGAAUUCAACGUCCACGGUCCGCCCACCCUCCGUUUCCGCUUCCUCCCUCCACGUCGUCUCGGUCUUCCUCUCCUGUAAUCCCGUGACACGGGUGGCUGCGACGGCGAAUCAGAUCCCUACCCGUGGCGUUGGUCGUGAAUUGGCGCCGUCUCCCCCUGCCAGCCGGAUUCCCUGCUUUGUUCUCAGGUAAACAUGGUUCAUCGCUGAUUCGGUCCCAUGGUUCUAGUGCGGCUUCUGGCGGAUCCGUUUAGAGACAAAUUUGGGGGAAAGAUUGCGAUUCUUCGUCGCUAGCGAUGCGGCCUUGUUUACCGAGAUGAUGGCAACAUUUUGUUCACUAGUGUGGUAGCUUUGUUGAUUGGAGUGCGCAAUGGGAGGCUGUGCGGGAAAGGUACGUCGUGAUGACGAAGAAAAGCUUGAUUUUAAAGGUGGAAAUGUUCAUAUUAUAACAAGCAAUGAGGGCUGGGACCAGAAGAUUGCAGAAGCAAACAGAGAUGGGAAAACUGUUGUUGCAAAUUUCAGCGCUUCCUGGUGUGGGCCAUGCCGUGUCAUUGCUCCUGUCUAUGCUGAAAUGUCAAAGACUUAUCCUCAACUCAUGUUCUUGACAAUAGACGUUGAUGACCUGAUGGACUUCAGCUCUUCAUGGGACAUCCGUGCAACCCCGACAUUCUUCUUCCUCAAGAACGGGCAGCAGAUCGACAAGCUCGUGGGCGCGAACAAACCUGAGCUCGAGAAGAAAGUGCUAGCAGCCGCUGAUGCCAGUACGUCCUAGUGACACAAGUGGAAGUGGGCAAACGAUCUGUGAUGGCUUCCCGGUGUAUAGUUUCCAUGGUUCAUUUGUGUGCUUGUCCCAUGUUUGCCUGGGGACGAUGACGUUUUACAAUUUUGGCCCCCAUCGCGCGCACUCGUCUGUUUCUCUCAUGGAAGCCGUGUGAACCUGUGCGUGUGUGUGACGAAUGAACGGAACUUUAUAUGGACCAGUGCUUAAGAGUCUUCGCAACAUAAUUAUGAAGGUUUGUUUGCAUGUUCUUGGUUGUAA